AGAAAGAAACCCGCUGUCUCAGCCAUGACCUUGGUAAACAGUACGGCCCACCAAAAUCGACUCAGUCUUCCGUUACUCCAUGAACUGAGCCUAACAAAUCUCCACCACAUCGGCGCUCUGAGAGAAAGGAUGACAACCGGAUCGUUUACCACCAAUGCCGUAAUUUUCUUCGCCGCUAUCUCUCUAUGCUUUGCGGCCUGGCUCAUCCAUCAUCAUCGGACAGCCAAGCACAGCCUCAAAACUAGAAACAACUGCGACGUGGAGGCGACAGGUCACCGGGACGGCGACCACUUAAAGGCGGGAGGAGUUAACACGCGCAACCGAAAUGCAGAAAAUCUGCCGAAUUGCGCACCGGAUACAAUAGCCCACAAAUGCGCAAGGCCAAAUUAGCUGACAGCGCAUUCCGGGGCUAACGCUGCCUGCCCAACUCCAGCACGCCUGCGACGAGUGAUCGUUGCUGGGCAGACACAAAGUGCUGACCCUGC